AUGCAUUCCGAUCCUUACCUACUCUUUAUGGUCGGGAGCCAGCAGACCAAGGAAAUAUGGGAUACCGAUAUACCGGUGGCUAUUGUAAUGAUAUUGAUAUCUAUCGCUGGUAUAAUAACGUCCGCCCUAGCGAUCUGCUACAUCCAGAAAAACGAGCGCUUGAUAGCGUUCAUCAAGUUUUGCUUCCAUAUAGCCUUGGCUAUAAUGAUCGUUUUCCACCUGUUUACGAUCUACUUUGCCGUUUGUAUACUAAAGCCUUUUUGCCUCCACACCGACAUCUACAUUUCGCACCAAAUUCUCGCUGCGUUUCGCGAAAGCGCCAAGCCAGCCAUCGUCGCCAUUUUUCACCUCAUUACGCUGACGAGAAGUACCCAAUUCUUCGUCAUGGCCGAAUUCCCGGGCUUCUACCGCUUUCUCUCGUUCCCCUAUUGCUUAGGACUACUCGUACUUUUCAAUGCUCCGACCAUGUUUUGUAUUGGGCAAGAACCCCUCACCGACCUCAACAACUCCACCUUCAUAUACACGGGCUUCUUCUUCGACACCAACUACUACGCCCAAAAUAUAAUCAUUGUAGCCUACACCCCAUACCGACUUGCAAGUACCUUCGAAGUGGUGGUAAAGUACACAUGUAUCCUGGCGCUACUGGUCGAUAUUUUCACGCUCAAACGAUACUCGGCUUACGCGGCCUACGAUAACGGGAACCAAAAACACGCAGACGUGAAGUAUGCACUGCAGAUGAUCACAUUACACGCGCUCUCGUUAGCGGUUCUUUUCGAAGAAGUGUGGGGAAAUAUUAUUUUUGGGAUUUUUGAUGACCUAUCCAUGUUCGCCGCCUGGGAGCUGUUCCCGGAGAUUUGGUUGUUGAUUACUGGAAUGGUGAUCGUCUACUACAAUCAUCCGGAAUCCAAAAAACGCCGAAGACGCGAAUCGAAAAAGCCAAACGGGAUCCCCAUUGCUGUUUUUUCGCUGUACCAAAAGUCGCCGAUGGUCGAUUUUCGA